AGCAGAGGGCGCUCCCGUGAGCCUCGCGUCCAUCUUCGAGCCUGCGCCUGCGCAGUGCGGGCCGCGCCCCGCCCCCUGCCCCGCUGCCCUCCGCCGGCCGGCGGGCCCCUCCUCGGCCGCGCGCCCUCGUCCCGCUCAGCCGCCGCUCCGUCCCGUAGCAGCCAGCUCGGUCUCCGGCAGCAUGUUCAGCUGGGUGAGCAAGGAUGCCCGCCGCAAGAAGGAGCCGGAGCUCUUCCAGACGGUGGCCCAGGGGCUGCGGCAGCUGUACGCGCAGAAGCUGCUGCCGCUGGAGGAGCACUAUCGCUUCCACGAGUUCCACUCGCCCGCGCUGGAGGACGCUGACUUCGACAACAAGCCCAUGGUGCUCCUGGUUGGUCAGUACAGCACCGGCAAGACCACCUUCAUCCGCCACCUGAUCGAGCAGGACUUCCCGGGGAUGCGCAUCGGCCCGGAGCCCACCACCGACUCCUUCAUCGCGGUCAUGCACGGCCCCACCGAGGGCGUGGUGCCGGGCAACGCGCUCGUCGUGGACCCGCGGCGCCCCUUCCGCAAGCUCAACGCCUUCGGCAACGCCUUCCUCAACAGGUUCAUGUGUGCACAGCUGCCCAACCCGGUCUUAGACAGCAUCAGCAUCAUCGACACCCCCGGGAUCCUGUCCGGAGAGAAGCAGCGCAUCAGCCGAGGCUAUGACUUUGCGGCUGUGCUUGAGUGGUUUGCUGAGCGUGUGGACCGCAUCAUCCUGCUCUUUGACGCCCACAAGCUGGACAUCUCAGACGAGUUCUCAGAAGUCAUCAAGGCCCUCAAAAAUCACGAGGACAAGAUCCGUGUGGUUCUGAACAAAGCUGACCAAAUUGAGACACAGCAGCUGAUGCGAGUAUAUGGAGCGCUAAUGUGGUCCCUGGGGAAGAUCAUCAACACCCCUGAGGUAGUUCGUGUCUACAUAGGCUCCUUCUGGUCACACCCACUGCUCAUCCCUGACAACCGGAAGCUCUUCGAGGCAGAGGAGCAGGACCUCUUCAAAGACAUCCAGUCUCUACCCAGAAAUGCUGCCCUUAGGAAGCUCAAUGACCUGAUCAAGCGGGCCAGGCUGGCCAAGGUCCAUGCUUACAUCAUCAGCUCCCUCAAGAAGGAGAUGCCCAAUGUCUUUGGGAAAGAGAGCAAGAAGAAAGAGCUGGUCAACAACUUGGGAGAGAUCUAUCAGAAAAUUGAACGGGAGCACCAGAUCUCCUCUGGCGACUUCCCAAGCCUGCGCAAGAUGCAGGAACUACUGCAGACCCAGGACUUCAGCAAGUUCCAGGCCUUGAAGCCCAAGCUGCUGGAUACAGUGGAUGACAUGCUGGCCAAUGACAUAGCCAGGCUGAUGGUGAUGGUGCGCCAGGAGGAGUCCCUGAUGCCCUCACAGGCUGUGAAGGGUGGUGCUUUUGAUGGCACCAUGAAUGGGCCCUUUGGGCAUGGCUACGGCGAGGGGGCCGGUGAGGGCAUUGAUGAUGUUGAGUGGGUGGUUGGCAAGGACAAGCCCACCUAUGAUGAGAUCUUCUACACACUGUCGCCUGUGAAUGGCAAGAUCACGGGCGCUAAUGCUAAGAAGGAGAUGGUGAAGUCCAAGCUGCCUAACACAGUGCUGGGCAAGAUCUGGAAGCUGGCCGAUGUGGACAAGGAUGGCCUGCUGGAUGACGAGGAGUUUGCCCUGGCCAACCACCUUAUCAAGGUCAAGCUAGAGGGUCAUGAGCUGCCCGCUGACCUUCCUCCGCAUCUCAUCCCACCCUCCAAACGGAGGCAUGAGUAACAGCCAGGCCUGAUAUUCUCCACAGCCCCCAGGGCUGCUGGCACUUUCUACCUGCCAGCUCCUUGUCUGCCCAGGUGGCCUGGGGCCUGGAGGGGCAGAGAUUGAGGGAGGGAAAGGGUCACCAUUUUUCAAGGUCCAUAAAGACUGAGCGAUGUUUCCUCAGCUCCUGAAUAGGAAAACCACCAUCUUUCUUUUAAAGCUGUUCCAGGGUUCAGCGGGGAGGCAUGGGUGAUGCUUGGAUGUGAACAGUGGGAUUUUGUGCACAAGAACCAUGAUAUUUUUAAUAUAUAACAUUAGAGGCAGCCUUCUUUCUUGCCUCCUCUGUCUGACAGCCCCACACUCUGCCUCUCACCCCAGCCAGGCAGCACCAGUGACUGGGGUGCCCACCUCUCACAACCCACCCUGGUACACCCCUGUCAGCUGCCCCAGGGCUGUGUAAACAGGAGGCCCCCAGUUCCCUUGGUUUGUUUUCAGUCUGGGGCUUACCUAGGCCAGUGGCUCAUUUCCUACCAGCUGUGUUCUGAGCUUGGGUAAGCUGCCCCAUGGCCCUGCCGUGGUCUAGGGUGGAACACUCUCUCUGUGUGCCCAUCUGCUUUCCGACGCCCAGCCAGCUCAGCAGCCACAGGCAGAAGACCCAGCCACUGUUAGCUUUUAUGGGGGCUGCAGGGGCGAGAGACAGUGUCUUCCAGGAAAAUACAUAAGCUACGUGUGUUCUGUAAAUCACACUUCAUACUUGACCAAAUCCAGUAUCUUUUACAACACUG